UGUGGUGAGCGGCGCAGCUCUCAACAUAGCCGGCCACGGCUGCGCACACGGCUACCCCGCGGUCUUGUUCGCGCAGCUGAAGACUACGGGAGAGGUCGUGUUGACUGACCACGAUACAUCAUGGAUUGCUUCAGUGGUCGGCGCUAUGGGCAUCGUCGGUAACUUCAUAUCUCCAAUCUUGAUGACCCGUUUCGGCCGCCAGAAAGCUCAUCUCAUCAGCACUGUUCCAGCACUCUUGGGCUGGAUAGUAUUCAUCUUGGGAAAUUCUGUGCCAGCCUUCUUAGUAGCCAGACUCCUGCAUGGCUUGGCAUUAGGAUUAAGAACACCAUUAGCAGCAAUUCUGGUAGCUGAAUACACAGAUCCGAAGUAUAGAGGAGCAUUUCUCGGGACCUUUGCCAUAUCUCUGGGUUUGGGAAUAUUUUUAUCACACCUAUGGGGAGCGCAUCUCACGUGGAGAUCUACAGCGAUAGUGUGCUCAAUGUUCCCAUUAAUAGCUAUGGUGAUCAUCAGUCUUUCCCCUGAAUCUCCUAGUUGGCUGGUCUCGAAAGGAAAAUUCGCAGAUGCAACGAAGGCUUUCAAAUGGGUGAGAGGAGAUGGAACUGAACAGAAAGAAGAAUUAAACGCUAUGAUUGAAGCUCAAACGGAAGAAAUGAAAUCAGAAGAACGGAGGAAAGCAGACGCUGUCAAAGGGUUUUCUGUUAAAGGCAUAUUUAAGGCUGUAAUUGAUUCGGUGAAAGAAGUUUUGAGAAUAUUCAAGAAGAAAGAGUUUUACAAGCCCGCUAUUAUUGCGAUCAGUAUGUUGAUUGUGUUUGAAUUUGGUGGUGCGCAUAUGGUUGCAGCUUAUGGCAACAUAAUGCUGCAAGCGGUUUUGGACAAAAGUGACCCCAAAGACGUAGCGUGGCAAUUCACAGUGAUAGAUCUGCUAAGAACAGUGUGCGCAUUACUUGCGAUAUUCCUUUUGAAGUAUUUCAAAAGAAGAACUAUAUUAUUUACAAGUGGUGCAUUGACGGUGUUAUCAUUGUCAUCUAUUUCAGUAUUUGUGUACAUGAGAAAGGCUGGAUUUUUUCCAGCUGGUUGGGUGUUAGAUGUAGUGCCAAUGGCAUUGAUGAUUUCUUAUACUGUGUCAUUUUGUUUAGGAUUAGUGCCUUUAAACUGGGUGAUUUGUGGAGAAGUAUUUCCUUUAGCAUAUAGAAGUUUAGGAUCGACAUUGUCUACGUCAUUUUUGACUCCAUCUUUUGUGGUGUCCAUGAAGACUGCUCCUCAUUUAUAUUCUUCGGUAGGAGUUGAAGGGGCAUUCCUUGUUUAUUCAGCAACAUUGACAGUGUUCCUCUUGAUAAUGUAUGCGUUGUUGCCAGAAACAAAAGACAGGACUUUACAGGAUAUAGAAGAUAGUUUUAAGGGUAAGAAGACUACAGAUCCAGAAGUGCAAAUGACGUUAAUCAAUAAAGAAGAAGUGAUUGUAAAAUAAGACAUAGAUAAAUCAAUUUUAUAGAACAAAAUAAAUAUUGCGUUUGCUUUUAUCAUCGUGAACGAGGAAUCUAAUCUCUUUAGUUUAAAUAGAGGUGUAAUUUUUAUAAGUAUUAUGUAAUUAUUCACAGUUUUUACGACAAAACGUGCAAAACAACAUAUCCUUUGUAUUUUUUAUCUCUUGGUCAAUGGACUAGGAGUUGUCUAUCAGAACUCUCAAUUCGAAAUCGUCUUUAUUAUUCAAUUCCGCGCUAGAAACUGAACCCAGGAACGCUGGGGAUUUCACCACUGAGCUAUUAAGCUAUUUCCUACUCUAUGGAUUAUAAAUUCCCCCAUUGUAUUUCCUAGUUGAUUCAGGUGUCUGACCUUACAGCACGUUACAAUGUUGAUUUGUUAAUUGAUGUUUU